AUGUCUCUCAUUUUUUCCCUGGAUAUUUAUUCUUUUUCUUUCUUUUCUGCUUGUUAUCCUUACAUCUAUUUUCUUUUCUUUCUUUUUUUGCUUGGGAUAAGUACAUUCUGUUCUUUUCUUUUUUAUUUCCUCGCAAUCUAUACAUCCCUUUUUUUUCCUUUCUUUUUUGCUUGCAUACUUUUCUUUCAUCUUUGCUUGCACUUUUCUUUGAUUUUUACUUGUGAACCUACAUCCUUUUUCUUUACUUUCAUCUUUGCUUGUGAUCCUUACAUACUUUUUGCAUUCUUUUUUAUUUACUUGCCAUCCCUACAUUCUUUUUCUUUCCUUUUGUAUUUACUUGUGAUCCUUACAUCCUUUUUCUUUUUUUUCUUUCUUGCUUAUGAUCCCUACAUCCUUUUUCUUUUCUUUCAUCUUUUCUUGAGAUCCCUACAUACUUUUUCAUUUCUUUCAUCUUUUCUUAUCCCUACAUACUUUUUCAUUUCUUUCAUCUUUUCUUCCCUACAUCCUUUUUCAUUUCUUUCAUCUUUUCUCAUGAACCCUAUAUACCUUUUCUUUUCUUUCUUACUUGCAAACCCCUGGAUUCUUUUUUUCAUCUUUGUUUAUAACACCUACAUCUUUUUUCUUUUCUUUCUUAUUUACUUUUUAUGUGUACAUACUUUUUCCUUUCUUUCAUCUUUUCUUGUGAUCCCUACAUACUUUUUCUUUUCUUUCAUCUUUUCUUGUAAACCCUACAUCAUUUUUCAUUUCUUUUAUCUUUUCUUAUCCCUACAUCCUUUUUCUUUUCUUUCAUCUUUUCUUAUGAUCCAUACAUUCUUUUUUCUUUCUUAUUUACUUGCAAUCCCUACAUAUGUUUUCUUUUCAAUCUUAUUUACUCCCAUCCCUUCAUCUUUUUUCUUUAUUUCUUUUUUGCUUAUCUGUUCUGUUUUCUUUUUUUUAGCUUGGGAUUCAUUUCUUCAUUUUCAUUUUCUUUAUUUUUUGCUGGCAAUUCCUAUAUCGUUUUUAUUUUUUUUUUUACUUUAUUUACUUUUUGCUUUUGAUACCUUUACUUUUCUUUCUUAUUUACUUGUGAUGAUUACAUCCUUUUCUUUUCAUUCGUAUUUACUUGCAACCCCUGCAUACUUUUUCUUUCCUUCCAUCUCUGCUUGCAAUCCAUUCAUCCAUUUUCUUUCCUUCCAUCUGUGCUUGCAAUCCAUUCAUCCAUUUUCUUUCCUUCCAUCUCUGCUUGCAAUCCAUUCAUCCAUUUUCUUUCCUUCCAUCUGUGCUUGCAAUCCAUUCAUCCAUUUUCUUUCCUUCCAUCUCUGCUUGCAAUCCAUUCAUCCAUUUUCUUUCCUUUAA